AUGAAGUGCCGCCAGUUUGACCUUUGCUUUAUAAUUGAGUACAAAACAGCUGCAGAGGAUGCGUACAGUUUCGUUGAUGAAGAAGAGGAAAGCAAGCCACUGCCAUCGGGUGCUGUGCUGUCGGUGACGCAGCUGCGAGAGCAGAAGCUGGAAGCGGAAGUUGCGCAGAAGGUGGCUCGGAUAAAUCAUGCACUUGCGACUGAAUGUAAGGCGAAAGCUGUUGCGAGCGGCAGCAGUGAACAGCCCCAAUCGCAACAGGACUUGUGGAGGCAUGUAGUACCAAAGAAGCGUCAUUCGGUUGCAACAGAAAGGCCAUUGGUACCGUCGACCCCUUUACUGCCGCCAGCUUCUGUCAGUGAACAUCGUCCAGACAAUACCUCAUCAAGUCAGAAGGCGGUGGAACCUCAGACGAUUUCCAGUUUGCUGCUGCAUCGCAGUCAGCACCGCUCAUCAUUUGGCUUCCUGAAAACGCUGUGCCUUGACGAUCAUGAUACUGCCAAAAGUGAACAACAAAUGGGAGAGCCAUCAGUUAUUACAAUAAGCAACAAAUCAAAAGAGAACAACAGGGCAGGAAAUGAGUAA